AUGGCCGAGCGCCCCAUCCAAUUCUCUGAACAUUUACAACUCACUGCUCUGGGUAUCAACCCCGCCAGCAUCAGCUUCCAGACACUAACCAUGUCCUCUGACAAGUUCAUCUGUGUCCGUGAAGGCGAUGGUGGGGCAACUCCAAAGCAAGUCGUUAUCGUCGAUCUCAACGACAUCAACAACGUUAUCAGAAGGCCUAUAUCUGCUGAUUCUGCUAUUAUGCAUCCAGAUAGAAAACUCAUCGCGUUAAAAGCAGGUAAACAGCUACAGCUUUUCAACCUUGAGCUUAAGCAGAAAGUCAAAUCUCACCUCUCAAACGAUGACGUCGUCUACUGGUCCUGGUUGAAUCAAUCCACUCUGGGUCUUGUCACUGAUUCAUCCGUUUUUCACUGGGAUAUCGAUGCUAUCGGUGAAAAUGCCCCUGUCAAAGUUUUUGAUCGUCAUCCAAAUCUCGCCGGUUCCCAAAUUAUCAACUAUAGAUCCACUGAAGAUGGUAAAUGGAUGGCCCUCAUUGGUAUUGCCAGCAACUCCAACCCAGACGGCUUUCGCAUCAAGGGCGCAAUGCAGCUUUACUCACGUGAUAGAGGCGUUUCUCAACCAAUAGAAGGUCACGCUGCUGCCUUCUCUGAACUAAAACUCGAUGGAAACGCAAACCCUUCGAAGCUCUUCGCUUUCGCUGUCCGUACUGGCUCAGGCGCCAAACUUCACAUUGUCGAAAUUGACUACCAAAGUGGUCAAACGCCAUACACAAAGAAAGCUAUCGAUGUCUUUUUCCCCGCCGAAGCUGCAACGGAUUUCCCCGUCGCAAUGCAAAUAUCCAAGAAAUACGGCAUCAUCUAUUUGAUUACAAAGUUUGGCUUUGUUCAUCUCUAUGAUAUCGAAAACGGUGCUUGCAUCUACAUGAAUAGAAUUUCUGGUGAUACCGUCUUUGUCACUGCUGAACACGAAGCCACAGAUGGUUUGAUUGGUGUAAAUAGAAAGGGCCAAGUUUUAUCCGUUUCAAUUGACGAGAAUACCGUAAUUCCUUACAUUCUUAGCACUCUCAAUAACGUUGAGUUAGCAUUCAAGCUCGCAAGUCGUGGAAACCUUCCAGGUGCUGAUGACUUGUAUUUGGCUCAAUACCAGAAUCUCAUGGCUAACCAACAAUACAAUGAUGCUGCCAAGAUCGCUGCUAACUCUCCACGUGGCAUUCUUCGUACCCCAACCACCAUUGAACAAUUCAAGUCUCUUCCAGCUGUACCAGGUCAAUUAUCGCCUAUACUUCAAUACUUUGGUAUCCUUUUGGAAAAGGGCGAGCUCAACAAGUUUGAAUCACUUGAGCUUUCUCGUCCUGUUCUUCAGCAAGGUCGCAAGCAACUCCUCGAAAAGUGGUUGAAAGAGAAUAAAUUGGAGUGUUCUGAGGAGCUUGGUGAUAUUGUCCGCUUGCACGACAUGACUCUUGCUCUGUCAAUUUACUUACGCGCAAACAUUCCGAACAAAGUUGUUGCAAGCUUUGCAGAGACUGGUCAAUUCAACAAAAUUCUCGUCUACUCUCAAAAAGUCAACUACACGCCAGAUUACGCUUUGUUGAUGCAGCACAUUGUCCGCGUCAACCCAGACCAAGCUGCCGAAUUUGCCAGUCAAAUUGUCAACGAUGAGGCUGGUCCAAAAAUUGACAUUGAGAGGGUGGUUGAUGUUUUCCUUGGUCAAAAUCUCAUCCAGCAAGCUACUUCCUUCUUACUGGAUGCUCUUAAGGAAAACAAGCCAGAGCAGGGUCACUUACAGACUCGCUUGUUAGAGAUUAAUCUCAUCAACGCUCCUCAAGUAGCCGAUGCUAUUCUUGGAAAUGCCAUGUUUACUCACUUUGAUCACCCACGCAUCGCAAACUUGUGUGAAAAAGCUGGUUUACUUCAACGUGCAUUGGAGUUAUACCAAGAUACCAAUGACCUCAAGCGUGUUGUCGUACAUACUCCAUUGCUCAAUCAAGAAUGGCUCGUAAAUUACUUCGGUCAAUUGACCGUUGAUCAGACCUUUGCUUGUUUGAAUGAAAUGCUAAAGGUGAACAUCAGACAAACGCUUCCAAUGGUUGUUCAAAUUGCUACAAAGUACAGCGAACUGCUUGGAUCUCACAAGCUCAUCGAGUUGUUUGAAAAUUUCAAGACAUUUGAAGGUCUUUACUACUUCCUCGGAUCAGUUGUUAACUUAAGUGAAGACUCUGAAGUUCACUUCAAGUAUAUUCAAGCUGCUACUCGUACCGGUCAAAUUCGUGAAGUUGAGAGAAUUGUUCGUGAAUCCAACUUUUACAAUCCAGAAAAAGUCAAAAACUUCCUGAAAGAAGUUAAGCUUCCUGAUCAGCUUCCUCUUAUCAUCGUUUGUGACAGAUAUGACUACGUCCACGAUCUCGUUCUCUAUCUCUUCCAAAACGGACUCACACAGUUCAUUUCUACAUAUGUACAGCAAGUCAACUCAGCUCGUUUACCUCAAGUUGUAGGUGGAUUGUUAGAUGUUGAUUGUGAUGAGCAAACCAUCAAAAACUUGCUCUCAUCUGUCUAUGGGUUGUUCGAUGUCAACGAGCUCGUUGAUGAAGUUGAAAAGCGUAACCGCCUUAAAUUGAUCCUUCCUUGGCUUGAAGGACGCAUCAACGCUGGUCAGGAAGAUGCUGCUAUUUACAAUGCUUUGGCCAAGAUCUACAUUGACAGCAACAACAAUCCAGAGCAUUUCUUGAAAGAGAACAACAUUUAUGAACCACUCGUUGUUGGCAAAUAUUGUGAGAAGCGUGAUCCAUACCUCGCUUUCAUUGCCUUCGCUAAGGGAUUCUGCGAUGACGAGUUGAUUGCUAUCACUAAUGAAAAUGGCAUGUACAAGCACCAAGCACGCUAUCUCGUCAAGCGUCGUGAUCUCGAUCUUUGGGCUCAAGUUCUGAACGAUGUCAACGAACACCGUCGUUUACUCAUCGACCAAAUAUCGGCAGUUGCUAUUCCAGAAUCGCAAAACCCAGAUGAUGUUUCUGUUGCAGUGAAGGCAUUUAUGACCGCUGGUCUGCAGCAAGAGCUCGUUGAUAUUCUCGAAAAAAUCAUUCUCAACCCAACUUCAUUCAGCGACAACGGUAGCUUGCAGAACUUGCUCUUGUUAACUGCAAUCAGAAGUGAUCAAGGUAGAGUGAUGAACUACAUCAACAAGCUUCACAACUACGACUUUAACGAGAUUGCCAAGAUUGCGAUUGACAAUGACUUGCACGAAGAGGCUUUCACAGUAUACAAGAAGCACGAAGCUCAUCUCGAAGCACUUAUCGUUCUCGUAGAGCAUAUCGUCUCUAUCGACCGUGCCUUUGACUACACGAAAAAGAUUAACGAGCCACCUCUCUGGGCUCGUCUUGCCAAAGCUCAACUCGACGGUUUAAGAAUUACAGAUGCGAUUGAGUCUUACAUCAAGGCGAACGAUCCAUCCAACUUUGUGGAAGUUAUUGAGAUGUCAGAGCGUGCUGAGAAGCAUGAGGACUUGGUCAGAUAUUUACAAAUGGCACGUAACACAGCUCGCGAGCCAAAGAUUGACUCUACUCUUGUCUACUGUCUUUGCAAGACGGACAGACUUCAAGACGCCGAAGACUUCCUCCACAUGACCAAUGUUGCUGACGUACUUGAAGUCGGUGAGAAGUGUUUCAACGACGGUCUUUACUUGGCAGCCAAGGUUCUCUUCACCUCUAUCUCCAAUUACGCUAGAUUGGCGACGACACUCAUUUACCUCGAAGACAACCAAGCUGCAGUUGAGUGCGCUCGUAAGGCGGGCAAUACACAAGUGUGGAAGCAGGUCUGUCUUGCUUGUGUUGAUAAGGAAGACUUCAAAUUGGCUAAGAUUUGUGGUCUUAAUUUGAUUGUUCACCCAGAAGAGCUCCAAGCUAUCAUUUCACUUUACGAGUCUCGCGGGUUAUUCCAAGAAAUGCUCGAUCUCUUUGAGGCUGGUCUUGGUCUCGAGCGUGCCCACAUGGGUCUCUUCACCGAGACUGCCAUUGCAUACGCUAAAUAUCAACCAGAGAGCAUGUUUGAGCAUCUGAAGCUUUACGGCUCUCGUCUCAAUAUUCCUAAGGUCAUCAAGUCCGCUAAAGAAGGACACCUCUGGAGAGAGCUUGUUUAUCUUUACAUUGCGUACGCUGAGUGGGAUAACGCUGCACUCAACACUAUCGAGCACAGCGCUGAUGCAUGGGACCACCAACAGUUCCGUGAUGUACUCAGCAAGGUUGCAAAUGCUGAGAUAUUCUACAAAGCACUUUCAUUUUAUCAGGAGCAGCACCCAACGCUUCUGACAGACCUUUUAACAGCUCUCAUUUCACGUAUCGAUCACUCGAGAGUAGUGUCAAUGUUUAGACAAUCAGACAACUUGCCAUUGGUACGAGCAUACUUGAUUGCAGUGCAGAACUUGGAUGUUGCAGCUGUUAAUGAGGCUGUUCAUGAUUUGUUGAUUGAAGAGGAAGACUACCAGACGCUAUUGGAUGUUAUUGAUCAAUACCAAAGCUUCGAUCAGCUUGGUUUAGCUGCAAGAUUGGAACAGCAUGAGCUGUUAGCUUUUAGAAGAAUAGCAGCACAUCUUUACAAAGUCAACAAAAAGUACGAAGAAUCUAUCAACCUCUCUAAGAGCGAUAAGCUUUACGUCGAUGCUAUACAGACCGCAUCUACAAGUGAAGAUGUUCAGGUAUCAGAAGAUUUAUUGACUUAUUGGGUUGAUAUUGGCAACAAAGAACUCUUCACCGCUCACUUAUACCUUUGCUUUAAGCUGGUGAGACCGGAUAUCGUCGAGGAGUUGGCGUGGUUCAAUGGACUCGAAGACUUUGCUAAACCAUAUCAAUUUGAGUUGAGGAGACAGACUCAAGAUCGUAUCAAAGCACUUGAGAAAAAGGUCCAAGAGCAGGCUACUAAGUCUGCCAAGAAGGAGGAAGAUGAAGAUUCACAGCCAAUUAUGGGACCAGGAUUUAAUCAAACGCUCAUGAUUGGUGGUCCAUCAGGAUGGAAUGGUGCUAACGGGGUGACUCCUCAACAAACAGGUCUGAUGCCUCAAGGUACUGGCAUGAUGCCACAGGGCACCGGUAUGAUGCCUCAAGCGACUGGAUAUCAAGGAGGUUUUGGAUACUAA